AGUGACGAUCGGUAACCCAGGAAAAAAAAGUUUAUUUAAUUCAAGAAAUAUCUAGAUCAAUAGCUCCAGGCUUAAAUCUCUGACAUUUUUAUGUUACGAAUAUAACAUAUGCAUGUAAUGUGGACAGAUUUAUACCAAUUACGUAAGUCGCUGGACUCAAGCACCCAGUCGUGAAGACUCGGUCGGUUAGUACGCUCAUAUGUUCAAAGAAAACUUAACAGUGAAAAAUCCACGUGUGGAAAAAAAUUAAGAAUCAUGGGGCAAAAUGACAAUUCUACAACACCGUACAAGGUAGCGAGUUCAGAUGAACUAGGACGAUAUAUGGUCGCGACCAGAGACCUGCAGCCCGGGGAUCUGGUCUUGACCGAAAGGCCGCUGGUCUUCGCACCAAAAGCAAUGCUUGAUCCGGAAGCGCAGAUGCCUUGCGUUGGCUGUUAUAAGCCUGUAUUCACAGACAUUGGAGAAAGAUGUGCUAAAUGCGGCUGGCCAGUGUGCAGCGGUAACUGUCCAGGUUUAGUUGACCCCCGACAUCACGGGGUUGAGUGUGCCGUUCUAAGUACUCGCCCCGAUUGUGUACUUGAUAAUAUGGCUGAUUACUACAGGCACGAUGCUUUACUACCAUUGAGAUGUAUACUUCUACUAAAUACUGAGCCUGAGAAGUGGAAAAGCGUAUUGGAUAUGCAAUCGCAUAUGGAGUGCAGGGGUCCUGGUACUGAAGCUUACGAAGAAGCCAAUGAAUUCAUCGUUGAAUAUCUACUUGAGAAUUUUAUUAAUAAAUUAGAUAAAAAUAUCAAAGAUAAGUAUUUAACAGAUAUUUCUAAAAAACUAAUUCAUAGAAUCUGUGGCAUUAUUGAUACGAAUGCGUUAGAAAUACGUUUACCCGAAGGCGCAGAACUUCAAGCUUUAUACGCUAAUACUUGCAUCUUAGAGCACAGUUGUAUUCCGAACACGAAACAUACAUUUAACCAAUCAAGCGCAGACAAAAAUGAUUCAUAUAAAAUAACUGUUAAAGUCGUUAUUCCUAUAAUGAAAGAUGAACAUAUCACAACGAUGUAUAGCCACGCGUUAUGGGGAACAGAAGCUAGGAGACAACAUUUGAAGGAUACCAAAUAUUUCUCUUGCAAAUGUCCAAGAUGUAGCGACCCGACUGAAUUAGGUACAUAUUUAAGUGCUAUGAAAUGUUUUGGUGAUGGAAAUAAAUCUUGUAAUGGGGUGCAUUUACCGCAAAAUCCUUUAGACGAUGAUACUGAAUGGGCUUGUAGUGAAUGUCCUGUCAAAGUGAAUAAUUCACAAAUAAAUAUGCUGAUAUCUCAAAUGGGUGAAGAAGUAGACGGUGUACUGAUGAUGGGUGGAUCAGUUCCGAUGUUGGAGAACCUCCUUUGUAGAUUAUCAACAUUCUUACAUCCGAAUCAUUAUCAUUUGUAUUCUUUGAAACAUUCUUUAGUUCAGCUCUAUGGGAGACAACCAAGUUAUAUGUCAGAGGAAAUUUUAGAUAAGAAGAUUAAAAUGUGCAAAGAUCUUAUUCAAAUUACGACUACUUUAGACCCAGGGAACGCUAGAUUGAGUUUAUAUAGUUCGGUGUUGCAACAUGAAUUGCACUCCGCUCUAAUCCUAAAAGCAAAAAAGGUCAAAAGUGAUGGUAGCUUUAAAACUGCUGAAGAAAUUAAAUCAUUACUUCUUGAAGCUAAAGUUUGUAUUGAACGCGCUUUAGAAGUAUUAAAAGAUGAUAUGGAAGAAACAUCAGGAAGAAAACUAUAUGACGUAAUAGAAGAAAGUAAGAAGGACUUCGAAAAAUAUUGCAAAGAAAAAGGCAUAUCUUUGUAAAAUAGUUUAUUAGGCAAUGUUAUAAAUUACAACUAAUUUACUUAGACUUAUUAACAUCAAAAAUGUUUGGAAAGACAUGCAAAAAUUCAUAUAAGUGAAAUCAGUCAAGAUAAAAACAUAUAACAUAUGUAACGUUAUCAUCAUUUCAUCGUUAUCAGCUCACUAGACGUCCCCACCAGUGCGGGUUGACUUCACACAUAUCUUUGAAUUUUUUCGCAGAUAUAUGCAGGUUGCAUCACGAUGUUUUCCUUCACCAUAAGAACGUCGGAUAAAUGUACAUAUAAAAAUCGAAAAGCACAUUGGUACUUGGCAGGAUUUGAAACCAGGAGCUGCAGAUUACCGACGCCGACGUUUCAUCAUCAUUUACUUAAUUUUAAUUAUUUGUUUUGAAUUUAUUAAAUAGGACAUGUUUAAACUCAAAUAAUUUAUCUCCAAUUUUAUCAACCCGAACAUAAUUUACUACACUUACAUUUUUU